UGAAUGUAGUUUAAAUUUUCCUUUAAAAACAGAAGAGAAAGGAAAAUAUUCCAAUACGUUUCAGAAGCAGCUUGUGCCGCCGUGCAGCAAACAACCCAAACUCCUCGUCGAAAUCUCCAUCAGCCGUCUCGCCAUCCUCGUCAAACCAGACAACUCCAUGCAUACCCCUUACUCUUGGCUAGUCAUCCAAAGCAUAACCAUCGGAGUUAUGGCCGUAUUCCUCCAACCCCGUAUCGACGCCUACCGCCUCAACAGAGCCCGUGCCGCGGAGCUCGCCCGCGAAGAAGCCGCCAUCCGCGCCGUCGAGGAGGGCGAGGCCGGCUACGAGAACACGGAUGACACGCUCCCGGGUCCUCAGGAGACAACACGGCUCAUACCUACAACAGGCAAUGGUGAUGUUUCCCAGGGGGGCACGCAGGUUGAUAAUGGUUAUGGCGGCGCGUAUAGUGGUAAUGCAAAAACAUCAAAGUCAAGUAAAGACUAGGCAUUAUUAUAAGCUGAGGCAAAUGCUAUGAUGUUCUUUUCCAUAAUUCAUCCGAGGAAGAAUUAGGUCAAAAGUAUGCACUGGCCUACCCUAGAGUUUGACGCUUAUAGUAUCAGCUGCUAUUGAAUGGCGAAUAUACCAAUAAAAACAACCUUUAU